UGUAAUUCACAAAUUAUAAUAAGUGCUAGGUUUCGGUUUUAAACUCAGGUUAUUCUUAUGUACCUCUAUAAAUACGUGUUAUAACAGAGGUCGAAAUCAGGCGAGUAAAUGAUAAAAUAUACAAUUGUUGUGUAAAGAGAUCUUGUAUGUUCAAUAUUUAUGCGAAUACCUUAAAGAACAAUGGUGGAGUAUACAGUGAUAUUGAUUUUAGUUGUAUGCAUUAUAUCCUGGAUAUUUACUAACAAUUUCUACAAUUAUUUCUAUUCAAAACCAAGAGACUGUCAAGAUGUACAUAGUUAUGGACACGCAGAAACUGGUGUGUAUACAAUAUACCCGGAAGGGACUUUGGGAUUUCCUGUCAGGUGCGAUAUGGAUACUACUUCCGGUGCAUGGACAGUUAUACAACGACGCGUAUCAGCCAGUGACUUUUAUAAAACCUGGAACGAAUACCAGGUUGGAUUUGGCGAUCUGAACGGGAAUUUCUGGCUCGGGAACCAACAAAUUCAUAUGAUUACUAAACAAGGCUGGUAUGAGUUACGUGUAGAUCUAACAAGUCCCGACAACGAAAAGGCUUUUGCCACAUAUCAAGUGUUUUACACCAGUGAUGCCAAGACAGGAUAUGAACUAUUUAUUGAUGGAUAUAACGGCACAGCAGGAGACAGUCUUGCGAUACAUAAUCGAAUGAAAUUUACAACUAGAGACAGGGAUAAUGAUAUUUAUGGGAAUAACUGUGCUGUAACAUUUGUUGGCGCCUGGUGGUAUGAAAAAUGUCAUGAUACAAAUUUAAAUGGGGACUAUGGUAAUACAGAAUAUGCUAAAGGUCCAACAUGGGGUUCUUGGAAAGGGGCAUAUGUUCCUAUGAAGACUACGGAAAUGAAGAUCCGUCGAUGGCAGUCUUGGAAUAAAAAUGUUUAAUAAAAGGAAGCCAGGAAAGACAUAACAUUAUUUUUAUUGCGCUAAAAUACAUUAGCUUCAACUACAAGGCGUUGGAUCAGAUAUUAAAAAGAAACCCCUUCCGGUAUAUUUUACAGUGAAUAGAUCGAAUAUCUUGAUAUAAUAGAAUUUAUAUGUACAAAUAUGACAUACAUUUUUUUUUGCCAAUGCUUAUACUUAAUAAGUUGGAUCUGUCUUCUUGUUUUAAUCCAGGAAGACUUCUUUCGAUUUCUUUUCCUCUAAAGCAUUCUUCAACAUAAUGAAUAUCAUUUGAACUUAUAGUUACAGCAUUACUCAUAUUACUGUCGGUAAAUGUAAGAAACGAAUCGACACGACUUGAGAUCUUUUUAUAUUCUAAGAUAUUAUAUAUAUAUAAAUCAGGUGCUGAAAGCUUCGUGU